AUGUAUGCAAAAUGUGGAAGCUUAAACACUGCACGUCAGCUGUUUGACAAAUUGCAUCAAAGAAAUGUGAUCUCCUGGAAUGUUAUGAUUGCAGGAUAUGCAGAAAAUGGCUUUUGCAAGGAUGCUCUCAAGCUUUUUGAACUAAUGCACUCUGGAACACACCCUGACCGUGUAAGCUUCACAUGUGUAUUAUUGGCAUGCAGCCAUGUGGGUUUAGUAGAUGAGGGCUGUAAAUACUUCAACAGCAUGAGUGUCACUUAUUGCAUUAUGCCUAUAGUUGACCAUUAUGUGUGCAUGGUUGACCUUCUUGGCCGUGCUGGCUGUCGUCAAGAAACUCUGAGUUUCAUCAUCAAAAUGCCAAUAAAACCUGUGGUGGUUGUGUGGAUGUGUUUACUCGGUGCUUGUAGAUCACAUAACAAUAUAGAGUUGGGAGUAUUUACGGCAACUAUCCUUCUUGAGCUGGAUUCCACAAAUGCUGCGACUUAUGUUCUUCUCUCAAACAUUUAUUCAGAAUUGGGGAGGUGGGGUGAGUCUCAAAUGGUAAGGAAAUUGAUGAAAGAUAAGAGGGGUUCAAAAGAUACCUGGAUGCAGUUGGAUUGA